UAAUCCUGUCUCUUUUCUCUUUCUCUCUUUCUCUUUGGGCCAUGAUCCUGGGACUGUCUGUGGCUGAGGAACAAUUUUAGACACCUUUCCGUCUUUCCUUUCUCAGGCCUCAAGGCUGGCUGAGUAGCUGGCUGCCUACUUGGCGUCCCACUUCUAUGUCUCAGCUGAAGAAUGUGGAAGCCAAGAUCCUCCAGUGUCUCCAGAACAAGUUCCUGGCCCGAUAUGUGUCUCUCCCAAACCAGAACAAGAUCUGGACGGUGACUGUGAGCCCUGAGCAAAAGGACCGCACCCCCCUGGUGAUGGUGCAUGGCUUUGGGGGCGGCGUGGGCCUCUGGAUCCUCAACAUGGAUUCACUGAGUGCCCGCCGCACACUGCACACCUUUGAUCUGCUUGGCUUUGGGCGAAGCUCAAGGCCAACAUUCCCAAGAGAUCCGGAGGGGGCCGAGGAUGAAUUUGUGACCUCAAUAGAGACAUGGAGGGAGACCAUGGGGAUCCCCAGCAUGAUCCUUCUAGGGCACAGUUUGGGAGGAUUCCUGGCCACCUCUUACUCUAUCAAGUAUCCUGAAAGAGUUAAACACCUUAUCCUGGUGGACCCCUGGGGCUUUCCCCUCCGGCCAACUGACCCCAGUGAGAUCCGUGCACCUCCCACCUGGGUCAAGGCUGUGGCUUCUGUCCUGGGGCGUUCCAAUCCCCUGGCUGUUCUUCGAGUAGCUGGGCCCUGGGGGCCUGGCCUGGUACAGCGAUUUCGGCCAGACUUCAAGCGUAAAUUUGCAGACUUCUUUGAAGAUGAUACUAUAUCAGAGUAUAUCUACCACUGCAAUGCACAGAAUCCCAGUGGUGAAACAGCAUUCAAAGCCAUGAUGGAGUCCUUUGGCUGGGCCCGGCGCCCCAUGUUGGAGCGAAUUCACUUAAUUCGAAAAGAUGUACCCAUCACCRUGAUCUAUGGGGCCAACACCUGGAUAGAUACUAGCACGGGAAAAAAAGUGAAGAUGCAGCGGCCAGAUUCCUAUGUCCGAGACAUGGAGAUUGAGGGUGCAUCGCACCAUGUCUAUGCUGACCAGCCGCACAUCUUUAAUGCUGUAGUGGAAGAGAUCUGUGACUCAGUGGAUUGAGCUGCUCUUGCUAGAGGAAG